AUGUGUGGGCAGAAGCAGUGGACGCGAGUGGCCAUGAUGGCUCUACUGGUGCUGACGGUGACGGCAGCUGAGGGGGGCAAGGCGGAGAAACAAGGAAAGAAAGAGCGCAAGUCGGACUGCGGGGAGUGGCAGUGGAGCGUGUGCGUGGCCAACGAGGGCGACUGCGGCCUGGGGACCAGGGAGGGCACGCGCACCGGCACCGAAUGCAAGCAGACCAUCAAGACCCAGCGCUGCAAGAUACCGUGCAACUGGAAGAAGAAGUUCGGAGGGGAGUGCAAGUAUGACUUCCAGGCGUGGGGCGAGUGCGACCUGGCGACAGGCAAGAAAAACAGAACGGGCGUGCUGAAAAGAGCGCUCACGGACGCCACCUGUGCCACCACCGUCACGGCCACCAAGCCCUGCGGCAAGAUCACCAAGGCCAAGCUGCAAGACUCAAAGAAGCAAAAGAAGGAGGGCAAGAAGCGAGAGCGCACCCCGAUGGAUUAA